UCUCUAACAGAUAGAGCAGACGUUACCGUGCAUUCUCAGUCUCUCUCUCUCUCUCUCUCUUCCAUGGCCGAACUCGAUCUGCAUCGACGGAGCAUGCUGCAUUGCUGAGUCGCUCCCGCCCCGACUCGCCCCGACUCGGUGAUCGUCGCUCGCCGAGGAGACGAGCCCCGCGCCGCCGCCGCCGGAACGAUGCUGGACGGCUUGCUCCGUCGCGGCUUCGCCGCCAAGUGCAAAUCGCUGAUCAAGCUGACGAGGUCGAGGAUCGAUGUCAUACGGAGGAAGCGGCAGGCGACGCAGAAGUUCCUGAAGAAAGACAUGGCCGAUCUCCUCGCCAAUGGCCUCGACAUCAAUGCGUAUGGACGGGCUGAAGGACUUCUGGUUGAAUUGACGCUCUCGUCAUGCUAUGAUCAUGUCGAUCAGUUUUGCGAGGUCUUGUUGAAGCAAAUGUCGACAAUGCAAAAGCAGAGUGGAUGCCCAGAGGAAUGUCGAGAGGCUGUAUCCUCCUUGAUGUUUGCUGCUGCAAGAUUUUCUGAUUUGCCAGAGUUGCGUGACCUUAGGGAUAGAUUCCAAGAGAGAUAUGGAAAUUCCUUGGACUGUUUCAUAGAGCAAGAGUUUUCCAAUAAAUUAGCCGGAAAGCCUUCUACACUGGAAAAGAAAGUUAAGCUAAUGCAAGACAUAGCAUCAGAGUUUUCGAUAAGGUGGGAUGCAAGAGCUUUUGAACAGAGAAUGUCCGGAAACUCUUCAACUGUCCAGGAGCAACCGAAAGAUCACGGACUUCUUUCCCAUGCCACUGAUUACUCUAAAUUAACGAAUGCCAAGUAUAUACCUUUGAAAGGAGAUAAGCUGAAUUUCCCUCCAAAGCAAAGUUUUGAAGAAGUGGAUGAAGGGCAGAGGUUCCGUAAUAACAUGGGAGCCAAUGGCUUUAGAAGAAAUGACCUCAAUCCUCAACCAAAGCUUGAAUCAACUGGCAACAAGUGGAAUGAGUUUGAGGACGUUAUCUCGAGGAAAGAUGAUCAUGAUACCCAACAAGGAAGGCCUGGUCUCGCCUCUUAUAAAGCUGAGGAGGGUACUAGCUUGAAACAAGUUAAAUCUGGUGCUUCAUCUCAUGAAAGACGACGUAAGGACACUAACGGUACUCAACAAGGAAGGCUUGAUCACAGUUCUUAUAAAAUUGAGGAGGAUGGUAGCCCAAAACCAUUAAAAUCUUAUGAAACAGGAUAUAAAGACACUGCUGGUGGAUUGAAGUACCAGAACAGAAGGGAGAGAACUGUCCUAGAAAGGGAGCACGGGGAUGGUUCACUUCACUGGAAACAAGGCACACUGCCUAGUUCUGCUGGAACCUACAUAAAGACCAAUGUUAAGGAUGCCCCAUCUGCUAAUGACAAUAAUGGCAAUGAAGACCAUGUUGCUAACUCGUUGAGGAAGGCCAGGAGAGGAGAUAUAGAAAGGUCCUACUGCAAAAGUCCUCUGCCACCUCCUUAUGUUAAGCCUCCUUAUGUUAAGCCUCCUUAUGUUAAGCCAAAUGUUAAACCCCCGAAGGAUGGCAAGUACGGGUCCAAAUCGGAGUCUGUUUUUGACGGCUCGAAAAUUCCUUUGGCACCUAAAAGCGAAAUUCCUGGUCCAUUUAUUGAGAAACUCCAUUUAGGUUCAUCUCGUCCUGAUGAUGAGAGAAAGGAAGUUGGGCCUGGAAGAAUGACAAGUCAUGAUGAUAAUAAACAGUUCCCUUACCAAGAUGACAUGCCUGGUUAUCCUGUCCCAAAACCAAAAUCAUCAAGGAGGAAACAUUCAAAAUCACGAUCUGCUCAUGACGAGAUUGAUUAUGAGGAUGCUCAUACUGGAAGAUCAUCAAGAAGUAGGAGAAAAGAUGAUCCAAGACGUGGCCUGCAGAUACUGUUUGAUGAUGAGCGUGGCCAGAAAGAUGAGGAGGAAAGGAUCAUUGACAAGCUGUUGAUGCACUACAGCAAGAAACCUUCUGCCUAUGAACCUGGAAAAGUGAGAAGAAAAAGUAGAAGCCGUCAUGCCCAUGGUUCAGGUGGAUCUCCAGUUGAUAAUAGCAGGCCUAAGUACGACGACGAUCCGGAAGUCGUUACACUUCCUCCACGAUCAGUUUCCCUCCCACGUGAACAAACAACAGCCCCAGUGGAACCAGCCAAGGUUUUUGCUCGUGCUGCUUCAUUUCAGCCCGAGAGGCCCAACCUGGCUCGGCAUGUGCACCCAAACUUGCCAGAUUGUGAUGAUUUGGCAGCUAGAAUUGCAGCCUUGAGAGGAAGUUAAUCGGAUCCAUGGGCAGAAUGAUACUCUCUACUAUGACACACUGUCUCGGUUACAUCAGCACAUUGAUCCUCCGCCUGCAUUGUCUCCCAGUGUGUUCUGCCUUCUCAUGAAGAUAUCAUUAGCAAUUUUACACGCCAAGCACCAUGCAGCCAAGUGCGUACCCCAAGACUGUUUAUCACAUUGGAUUGUACUUAGUCUUAGAGCAUUUGCGUUUGCAUUUGCAUUUGCAAGAGGCAAAACUCACUUUUCUCCUUAGUGGCCUACCGUUCAGUUAUUCCACAAACCCGAUUGUCAAGGGAAUGUAUUAGUGUUUACUUAGGACUUAAUGAUAUAUACAGGAUAGAUGUAGGAUCGAUUGUGCCAGUGUUGCUACUGUACCGGAGUUUCACACUUUAAAAAGCGAGCUGGUAGUCUUCGUUUUUUUU